AUGGCAUUAUACAUCACUAGAGAUCUCAAUGCUAUUUUUUCACCAGCACACCAGAAAGAAAUUAUUCUAUACUUGUAUAAUCAUCAGAAUGAAGACGGAGGUUGGGGGUUCCAUAUAGAGGGUCACAGCACAAUGUUUGCGUCAGCUUUGAGCUACAUUGCCUUGAGAAUACUUGGAGAGGGACCUGAAGAUGGUGAAGAUGGGGCUAUGGCUAGAGGCCGAAGAUGGAUCCUUGACCAUGGUGGUCUAGUGGCUAUUCCUUCAUGGGGAAAGUUUUUGGUCUCGGGAAGUGCGUUCUACGUGUUCGCGCAGGAAACUUCCAGUGUAUUGUUGGCUUGGAUCCGGUUGUUUUCCUUGAGUCCUCGAUCGUUUUCGUCUCUCUGGCAGUGUGUUUAUAGUCUUAUUUUGAGAGUCAGAUCUGUGUGUUUUUACCGGAGAUAUCCUGUCACACGCUCCGUAGCCGCUUUCGUCGUCGUCCCCCGGUCCGACUGUCACAAGCUGAGGUCACGUCGUUAUUCCCUGACCGGCGCGUGGCCUGCACGCACCGGGAUCUUGUCGGCGCGUGAGGGCUAUGCUUCGUUUCUCAAGCCUAGUUUGUGGCUGUUGGUGGUGGUCCGUGGUGGUUGGGUGCUGCUGGAGUCUCAGGAUAUGGCACGUGUCUCUCACGCGCCGAUUCAGGCAAUGACUGGCUCUUUUCGGUGA